GCGAAAUGCACUUAAAAAUCAGCUAGAAAUAGCCCGAAAUGAGCGCUGAAAGGGGAGAACUUCCCUUAAAUUAUUGAGUAAUUAUAGAUUUGAACGUGGAAAUGGGGUCAGUUGAGGGAACCGCUCCACCUGUUGUGCCUCCUCCGCCAAUCGGCCUCCUGGCGGACUUAAUCACCUGCGAACCGUCGACAGUAAAGGUAACGAAACUUUCAUUAUGGACAGCGGACCCACUGAUGCCACGCCCACCGCCGCCGCCUUCCGGCUGGUGCUGCUCAGCAAAUCGAAUCCCGUGAUGGGCUGCUACAUGUUCUGGGCCAGUCUGCUGGUCCUCAAGAUGCUCCUCAUGUCGCUGCUCACGGCCCGCCAGCGGAUGAAGACCAAGACCUUUGCCAAUCCGGAGGAUUUGCGCAUCAGCCGGAGUCCGGAGGUGCGAUUCGGGGAUCCCAAUGUGGAGCGAGUGCGACGGGCCCAUCGCAACGACUUGGAGAACAUUCUGCCCUUCCUCCUGAUGUCGCUGGUCUACGUGGCCAGCGGACCGAAUCCCCUGACCGCCCGUCUGCUCAUCCGCAUCGGAGCCAGCGCCCGGCUGCUCCACACGGUGGUCUACGCCGUAAUCCCGGUUCCGCAACCGGCCAGAGCCCUGACCUUCUUCACCACCUUCGCGAUUACCUGCUUCGAGGCGGGCUACGUACUCAUCCGCUGUAUCAAGUACAUUUAGACCUUACACUUAGUCAGCUAACUAGUCACCCUUUUUUAGCAUAAUUAACCGCACCAGUGAUGUCGGAUUUAAAGGUCUAGGUACAGAUUUAGGUAC